AUGCAGGCGGUCGGAGUGAGGCUGUUGGAAUGGCAGCAGUUCGACGCGGACAGCUCCGUCGGUCGCGAGAUCAGGUUCACUCAAUUCUAUUCUGCCAGCACAGGAUCAGUGGCUCUUCAAGAAUAUUCCCUGACCGACGAUGGCAUGUUGGUGACUAUCUUCAGCCCAGGCCCGAACCAAACCCUCAACAAUAUCGCCUACAACUGCUCCAUCGGCUCAGGCGUCGUCGUCUCCGCUCUCGUCAGGCUCAGGUACUUCGGAUCUCCCCUCAUCCGACUCAAUUCCUUGCAUGAACUCGAACGCGUUAGCGAUCCCGGCCAGCGAUGCAAUGACUUUUCGACCCUUCCCCUGGAGAGCUACUUCGAAAUAUACGCAGCAGCCCUGGACGGAGACCAUUUGGAAGUCCAGAUCGACUACGAGCGAUGCAGCGAUCCCACCGGCGGCGGAUCCAAUUUCACCGGAGUCACCAGCGGCGCUUACCUUCAAGAAAUGUUCAUCGACAAUCCCGAUAGCAUCGACUCGAUCAUCUUCACCAGCGCUUACGCCUUGGUGACCAACUCGAUAACCGGAGAAGGGUUUGCUUACAGCUCCGUCGACUUGAGUCUGAAUCGCAGCAAUGUCGCCAGGGUCGUCCCUGCCUACUGGUCGGUCGAAGGGGAUCUACCAAUCAACCUUUUCGGGAAUAUCUACUUUGAAUGUACCUUGGGCGAGGGUCUCAUCGUCUACGCCAACAGGCAGGAUUAA